GUUUUGCUGCUUGGGCGUUAAUGUGCCGAGAUUCGGUUGGCGUUCUUCCACAAAUCUGAGGUGCCGUGACUGUUGAGUGAGAUGUGUGCUCUAUCAAAGUAGAUAAUUGUUUGAAAUGAUGACAUGCACUCCAGGCGAUGGAUGGAUGCUCCGGUUUAGGAGGGGCAACGACCUGCUCUGAGCGUUCGCUGGAGGUUCCAGGUUAGGGUGGGGCCAACUACCGAGCCAUCAAGAAAGAGCCGGGUGCACCGUUUUUCCGCUCGGGACUGCAUCCAAGCCGCUGCUUGCCGGAGAAUGCCGCCUUCUAUAAUCUCUCGAUGACAUGAUUUUCUAACCAUCUCCUUGGACACCUCCCUGUAACUGCGGAAUGUCCGGUCGGCCAUAUGCAUUUCACCAAGGCCCAAUCGCCAUAUUAUGUCGACGAUCACGGCGGCUCAUAGCGAAAUCGCAUAUUCAUGCAUCUCAGACAUGGGGUGUCGUGGGGUGUGUUCAGCAGAUGUUCAGAUGGCAAUCCCGAAUACGGCUGCUGGUGCGGGGCCUUCCGUGACGACCCCUGCGUGGAAGCUUUCAAGAAGAAUGCCCGCAAAAAACGUUGUUCUUGGCGCCCUGUGGCAUGGCUCCCGUCGCCGGCCACCUGGCAGAAGCCAUCCCCGCGUCCCAAGCCGGUACCUACGGAAAUGACGCAGCCUCGCCGGAGUUCCUUCUACAACGGGCCUGGGAGAUGCCAUGAUGGGAGCAAAAGAAAUGCUUUGGGUCCGUGAUCUCCAACCUUAAAUUCAACAUCGCCUGCCGUCCGCCGUCUGUGCCUGGGAGCUGCCGAAGCUACUCCAGACUGGAUUAGCCAUCACAUCUUGCCCCGACGUCUCUUGGGGGCUCCCUCUUUGGAUCCUCUUGCAGCAGGUCCCAUGAGUCUCGGCCGAGUGGAACAUCCAGUCGGGCCAGACGAUGAUUCUCAAGCAUGCCCAAGAAGAGACCAUGCUUGCGAGCUCUUUGACUGAUUGAUGGGCCCUACGUUACUGUUUAUGUACUCGAUGGCCGUUUCAUAAACGGAGCACAGUAUGUGGGUACAUGGGCCAUCCUGGGGGGGGGGAGGGUUGCUUGCAACGUAAUCAAUGGUCAAGAUCGAAGAACUUGGGGCCCGUUGUACUGUAGCGGCUUUGCUCGGUACCGUACACCUUGCCCUACCGACUGCCUUCCCCAGAUAUUUGUGAUAACGAUAACCACACAGCCACUAAAGAGUGUUCAAGAACGCAAGAAUGAACAACCGGCAAUUCUCAUGACAUCGAAAGAGGAAAGCCAUCAUCUCUGUCAUCCUCCGUCCCUCGGCAUGCUCUCGAUCUGGAGAGCGUUGUCACCGCCCCACCCCCUCGCGUCUAGAACAUGAGCAUGUGAUAAGACAUGGGAUGGGCGAGACCACACACCGAAACGAUCCAUGUUGAUUCUUGGGUUACGGAGCAUGCUGCACGAAUACACUAGCCAUUGGACCACAGUAGACUCAUCAACAAUAGCAAGGCAACAUCGUGGUACGCUAUCUUGGUAAGAUCGAUCUACAGAAAACGAGGACCGACUUGCAUCCAUCAUUUGUCAAAGCCGAUCAACUGACAGGUUCCUUGACCAGGGUCCGCCUUGACGGAAUGAUGAAAGGCUUCAGAAGGAGGCAGGUCGAUAUCGUGCGUGUGCACAUCUGCACGUGUUUUUCGGGCUCGAAAGAGAAGGAGGUUUAAUUCUCCCGCAGUAUAUCCGCAUGCUGGGCAUCUCCAUCGAAAACGGUGACGGGCAAGGGCUUGCGAUGCCCAGCCACUGGGUUCGGAUAGUCUCGCGGGCCCAACUCCCAGACAACCACCUCACGUCACGGCCAUUGCCGUCUUUUCUUGCGCAAGAUUUGUGUGAGAAGAGAGACGCUGCUGGCGCAGAGUGCUGAUGAAGGCGUGUCAGUGGAGCUCACCGCUUCCCCCAUGGCUUCCCCUGACAUGUGUUGUGAUGUUUGAAGAAAGGUUCGCGAUGUGUUUCAGCACCCAGACACCACGCGCUUCAGGGGUCACCAGGCUCGCCCAGAGUCACGGAAGGACUACCCUGACGGCCCACGAGGAAUAACCGUCUCCGCCCGGAAGUGUCCGUGAGACUGUUUUCUGGCGGUAUCGCGGUGCUUUUGGGGAUAUGUCGUGGCAAGAGGGCGCUGCAACUCUCAUUUGUCAAGAUUGGAUGACGGCUGCUCGGUUCUCGCUAGCCUGUUUCCUCCUGUCCGCAACUGUCAGUCACGCAGCGCCCAGAGACUGGCUUGCAGCACCAGGCGUCAGAGGCACGCCCUCGGCGGGCCUCGGUGUAGGGUAGUCUGCGGUAUUGCUGUGGCACUGUUGCCAUGAGCAUACGAGCUCAUUGAUUCAGCCAUUGGGCACGCUGAAAAGGUAAUUUACUCAUCAAACAACGGACAAGCCGUGGUUUUCCUAGAAACUGGCUGUACUUUAUAUCGCUUGAAUGAUGUGUCGUUAGCCUGGGGCUUACCCGUUCCCGCCAGGGGCAGGCGGCACGGUAAAGGGCUCCCCACGUUACCGGGCUGACUGCGCUGCAAUCGCACAUUGCAUGCGAGUGUGCUGCGGCUGCCACCCCGCUUACGUCGCCCAGCCUCGCCAUGCCAUGCCAUGCCACUCACUGUCCCUGGCGACGGCACCUGUCGUGUAAUACUGUGUAGCUCAGCAGAAUUGUCGCAUUGUGGUGCGUUUCCUUGUCCUUCCCAAGCCAAGCAUGGUGGAAUCCUGCUUGUUAAGGUACCGCUUGUCCACCACGGGCGCCGGACCAUGGGGAUCGGCGCGGGGCCAUCGAGGAAGCCAGCAAAUACGGUGUGGCCAUGGGGAAACCAAGGACGGGAAAACGAGAACCUAAACGAGGAACGAGAAACGAUUCGGGAACGUGGCACGAAAAUAGAGGGGCGGUAUCUCCUAAGUCCGAAAAUUACGAGAGCAUGCUCUCAGCAAGACAUGAUGUCAGUACAGAAAGACUGUUCCCGUCAUCGACCGAGGGUAAAAAAAAGAGGUGGUUGACGUGCGCGAACUGCCGCGAUAUGCAAAGCAACGAUUUGGUGUUAGUGGGUGGAUAUCCAGCAAUUUAGGGACGAUGGACGACAAGUGGACAAGCAAUGCUCGAUUCACACACAGCGGCCUUCCACUGGAGAUUCCGAGACCCUGGCUUGGGGGUGGCUCGUGCGGUCAACCUGGAAAAAGAUGGGAAAACCCUGGGGUCCCCGGUUUGCCAUCCACACUCGAGGGAAGACCUGGAGACGCGGGCUGUUCUUUAUCCCAACGCCCCUGAUGUCUUCACUCUACCCCUCCUCCUCCCGUCCUCCUGCCUUGGAGUGUGUUGCCUGUGAGGUUGGCCACUCUUGAAUUAGCACAGCUAGCUAGAUACACCUACACUAGCUUCUCUGGAAAUGAACUGCAUUUUUUUGCAUUUUCUGAACGGCCGGCCUUGUUCAUGCCAAUAUCACAAGCAUCAUUAUCAGAGACACUGCUGGUCUGUGAGGGGGACACUUGUCUGCGCCGCACUGUUUCGUACUCACUGCGCAAAGUCUGAACUGGCUCUUGCCAACUCUCCGCCUACACAGCGACAGCAACAGCAGCUCGCUUUCGAUUACAUACCCUACAGUAUCUCCCUCAGUUCCUGGGGGCCCUCUCACGCUGAGGGAAAUUCCCCAUAGCGAGCUUGUCAGAUUCGUGCACCUGCAGGUGUGCUGUGGAGGUCCUGAUCAAGACAGGCGUGCCGGGUCCUUUGGGCAGGGUUACCCCUUCGCUCGACGUCCAGGAGGUCCUGGGACCACCCUUAUUACUAGCUCGUCUUCGCCGACCAGGGCAUCAGGACAAUCACUCUGUACACGCGUUUGGCUAAAAUCCCCUCGACGUCCACCCACACACACACGCUUUCACUCCUGCUACUACCAUUACGUCUGUCUGCCUACUGCUUGAACUUGUUGCCGCUGCUGUGCUGUGGUCGAGAAGAGAGAUCUCGCCUCCCCCUCCUUUGCCGCCUCGACAUUGGACCACUGCUCACUGCCCACUGCUCACUGGAGACGCACACGCCAACCCUGCGCCGGCCGCCCACCUCGACCCAGCGACCCGAUACCACGGCUGUGCGCGCAUUGCUUUUUGCCCUUUAUCAUCGGAUGACUUGAAUGUGGAGUCGCCUUCUCUCGUCCAUCAUCAGCGCAUAGCUGCGAACGUCUGCGCAAGACGCUUCAUCCCACCGUUCAUCAUCAUCACUAUCACCACCACCAUGUCCAACGACCCUACAGUGCGCCGGCUGCUCCCUCAAAACUCCCAGAUGGGGAGCUUCAGCUUUGCGCCUCCGGCUUAUCAGCAGCAACCACGAGAGACGCAAAAGAACUAUGUCUUUGUGGACGAACAUAACCGUCACAAGCGGUUGAAGGUGAUGAGAGCUUGCGAGGGAUGCCGGAGGAGAAAGAUCAAGUGUGACGCUGCCACCACAAACACCUGGCCCUGCUCAGCAUGCAUACGCCUGAAACUUGUCUGUGUUCGUCCGAACGGCUUCGACGGGUCGUCUGAACCUCAGGUCUACGAACCACCACGAUCCCAGUUUGAGACCUCGCAUGUGCAUGAGGGCUUCCGACAGCCACUACCACUACAAGAUCAACAACAGCUCCUAGGACAUGCACCAAAACCUAACCUCUAUGCGCCGCAGACAUCCUACCAGGACACAUCAGCCCUUUACCAUGCGGUCCAAUAUUCCGAUUCUCAGACAGUCCCUCACAAUCUACAAUAUCAACCUGUGCAUCACGCCGUCAGUGCUGUCAAUGUUGUGGAUCACCAGUAUGGCGCCCAGGCCGCAUUUCCAACACCGCCGAUGCAACAGCCAUCACAUCCAGCAUCUCCGGCGGACACCUACCAGUCAGAAUAUGCGCAACAAGACUUGGCCGACCUGUUAGGGUCCUUGAAGGUUAACGAGGCAGGGACAGCGCCCUAUCUAAACAGCAAGAUGCAAUCGAUGAGGGAAGAAGAUCCCGUCGUGGAGGAGGGCGACGAAUACAAGAGUUUGUUGCCACCACUCACAGCUGGUUUGGGAGGAUCCAAAAUUCGAAUUCCGCCAGAGCUCAUGCCCGACGACGACACCGUCCUUCAGUACCUGGACCUGUACUUUACGAAUGCCCAUCCUUAUGUGCCCGUUUUGGAUAAAGCCCACUUCUAUCAACAGUGGCACGACAACAGGGAAUCGAUAUCGCCCCUUCUUUUGGAAGCCAUGUUUGCCAUCUCGGGCCGGUUAGCAGACGAACCGGCCCAAGGGCAACAGUGGCUCGCGCUCGCCACCCGCCACGCCGACUCUUUCAUGGAUAUCCCUCGCCUCAGCACGCUACAGGCACUCAUGAUUCUUCUGAAAGCCCGCGAAUCGGCACCGAAGCGAGGCUACUAUUAUCGUUCAUGGAUGAGCAUUGAGCAGUGUGUCCAGUUGGGCAAGGACUUGGGAUUAGAUGAGCAUUACGGAGACCACCGACACGGCAGGUCUUGUGGGUCGAGCCCAUCCGAGUGUGCCCUGAAGACGAGAAUUUGGCAGACAUUAUUCACGGUGGAGAUGAUGAUUGGUUCUCCUCAGGGGCGAACCGAUUUUCAGGUCGAGGAGGACACGGUGGACUUCAACGUGCCGAGGCUGCUACCCAACCAAGAUGAAUCCGAGUACCACGUUUCGCGCAACUUCACCUACCUCGCCAGAGUGGUUCGCAACGUCAGCCGCAUGGUGGUGGUGUACGGGCGGUUGAAGAAGAGCAAGGAGGUCAAGGAAUGGGGCCUCGAUCCCGAUUUCGUCCAGAUCAGCCCGGCUCUCGAUGCUUGGUUGGCUGAGAUACCGGCAGACAUGUCGAUAACUUAUCCAGCCAACGGCUCGCCGCCGUGGCUGCCUUCAGCUUUUGUCGGCAACGUCCAUUCGUACUACUACUUGUCGAUUAUCCUGUUCAACAGGCCUCAGCUCGCCUUCUUGUCCCCUUCCACGCCAGGGGGUCAAUGGAAACACCACAUGCUGGUGUCGUACAACGCAGCCAAGAUGCUGUGCAGACUCCAGGAGGCUGUCAUGGGCGCGUACGGACUGAACGGACUGCUGUGCAUGCAGCGGGGCAUCAACUUUACCAUUUACGCGGUGCUCGCAUGCAUUGUCCUACACCUCGUUGCCUUGACAUCACCAGACCCAGACCUGAACUCGGAAGCCAGGGAGUACUUUACGCGCCACAUGAGGAUCCUGGAAAAGUGCAUGAGCUCGUGGCCAAUGCCGGACAUGCAGAGGCAAAUCGACUCGGUGCGGGAGGCCUUUUCUGCGGACGUCCGGAAGCCGUUCGUGCUGAAGCCCAGCUUCCCGUACGGCAGCCCGCAUUCCAACUCGCACCCCAGCCCGCCCGGGCCCAGGCUCUUGGACACGCAGGUGCCACACUCGCAAGUUAGUUACAGCCUCCCCAUCACACCCAUCUCCACCGUCGGCCCGCUGGACAGCAAGAGUGACUCCUCCCCCGGUGUACAGUCGCUCGGAAUGAUGCCUUCCGGCCAUGGCGCUCAGGCACCGGCCGCCGUGCCGCAGUCGUCGUUGGCUUUGGCAGAGGCGCCGCCUGCGUGGAACCCGUCGCGGAUUUUUGACCAAUGGAACACCUCGUUCGGCACCCCUCCAGUCCAGUCGUCACCAACAGGGGGACAGGGUGGUGGUGGUGCAAUGAGCGCUUCAUCCGGCGCCUCGGACACGGCGAGCAUACACGACAUGCACGCGGUGCAGGCGCAGCUUAGGACAGCUGCACAGCAGCAGCCCAUGCCGGCGGCAGCAGCGCAGUAUUCGGCCGCCGCGGCCCCGGUGCAGAACUUUGUCACACCGGCCAUGUGGCAGGAAUCGGUGGCGAGCGUGUACGAGGCUGGGGGUGGGCUGAAGCGAGGGUGGGAUUAUGAUGGGCAUAUGCCUGUUAGCAAGCGACACCACUGAGAGGUUCACGAUGCCUAGUGAAAGUGACCACAUUAACCUUUUCAUUUGUUUGUUUGGAGAAUGCUUUGCGGAGCUUCUGUUUUCGGGUUACAAAAAGCCGGCUUAAAAAUCAGCAUCUAGGGUUGGUUAGGUUUUGGUUGGGACCUUUGGGUUUAAAGGGUUUGUUUUGGGAUAAGGAGCAUGUUUUGAGAGAGAUGAACAAUGGUUGGCGUUUGUUCUUUUGGUUUUCUUUUUUGGUUUUUUUUUCGUGUUUUUUUUUUUUUUUUUUUUUUUUGGAAAGUUGAAAGGUGGGCAGGAACAACACAAACAUUCAACAUCGGAGGGAUGACACAGAUCUCGGAGUUGAAGAACAAGCAAAACGAUCGGAUGUAUGAUGCGAGGGAAGAAGCGAAGCAAUGUUGUAUAUUAUGAGGGUUGGUUGGAUUGGAUCAGGGGGUUGGUUGGGGGGUUUGAUGGGAAGCGUCUGUGUUGCGAAUUAUUCAACUGGGAGGAAAUCAGCGUGUCUUUUUUGGAUGGAUGGAUGGAAAACAGUGCUAGCUGGUAUGGCACGUUGGUUUGGGGAGAUGGACGGAAGGAAAUGUGUGUACGUUAUGGGUUGUUGUCGUUGUGGUUGUGUGUGUGUGUGUGUGUGUGGUUCGCUUCUACUGGUACAUAUUCUUUUGGGGUUUUUUGGGUGUUUUUGGGGACUUUUGUGGUUCACAGCAGAGAGACACAUCCACACAGAGAGAGACAAAGAUAUCAUCAUCAGCCUUGUAUCAAUACCGACGUUUUGAUUUGAUUUUGAG